CACCCAGAGCACACAGCUCCCAAAUCCCAACCAGAGCGCUAGCAGCAAGCGAGCGCGUCCGAUAGCUCGUCGGGGCAAAGCAAGGCAAGGCAAGAUGUGCAACGUCAUCACGAUCCCGUCGGUCGCCUGGCUGCGCCGCGCCGUGCGCCGGUGGCGGGCCGGCCGCCGCUCCGCCUCUGCUUCCGUGCCGGCGGGGCACGUGACGGUCUGCGCGGAGGGCGCGCGGUUCAUGGUGCGGCUGGCGCACCUAAGCCACCCGGCGUUCCUGGAGCUGCUCCGGCAGGCGGAGGAGGAGUACGGCUUCCCGUCCGGCGCAUCCGGCCCCGUCGCGCUCCCCUGCGACGAGGACCGCCUCCGCGACGUCCUCCGCCGCGUCUCCUCCUCGUCCGACUCCGAGGUGGUGCCGCCCCGCUCCUCCUCCCGCCGCCGGCGCGGCGACUCGCGGCCGCUGCUGCAGGGAGUGGCAUUCCUGUGAGCGCGCACCGGACCGUUUGGUGACCGCAACAGCAGCAACUGGUGACAGGGGAGAGACGAUCGACACGGUCUGCCGGGCGCGGGAAAGCGGGCCGCGUACGCACGGCAAGCGCCGGAACACUGAUUCGAAGGGCCGGCGACGGCGUGCUCCUCCGCCCUGCGUAAUGCCGGCGAUCGGACACGCGCGUACUGGAGCUGGGCAGUACAGUAUGUGACGAUGAUUCUACUAGUAGUUGAUUGAAGAACAAAGGCGGCGAUUUUUUGGAUUGCUUUCUCUUGUAAGUUGUAACUACUCUACUCGUAUCUGUGCAACUCGUUGCCGAGGCAUACGAUACGAGCAAAUAAAUUAAUAAAGAUUGAUUGGUUGU